AACAAACACGAUGCUUUGGAUGGCGAGGUAUUUGAGAUGCUGAUUACCUUUACGGACUUCAUGGCCUUUAAAGAACUAAUGAUUGACUACAAAAAGAGUCUUCAUGGUGUCAGCACCGAUUUCUUGUUGAGUAAUGCCUACUCCUGUCACCCUGGUGAGGUUGAUCCCAUAAACGUACUUCACGGUGGUCGGGCCAGACUGAGCGCCUCACAGACCACCGCUGGGAGCAAUGAGUCAAACUAA